UACACUCAAGUUCUGGGCAAGACUACGUCCUCGGUGACCUCCGAGAACGAGCGCGGACUGCACAGGCGCACGCUCAACAACAGCAUGCGCCUUAUGGUCGACUCCGGCGCUAAGGGCUCCAAGGUGAACAUGAACCAAAUGGCGUCGCUGUUUGGCCCCACGGCCCUGGACGGCAAAAGGAUGCCGCUGAGCCUGGCCGGCAAGAGCCUCCCCUCGUUCCUGCCCUACGACAUGAACCCGCGCGCCGGCGGCUACAUCAGCACCCGCUUCAUGACCGGCAUAGACCCGCAGAGCUACUUCUUCCUCUGCAUCGUCGGCCGUGACUUCGAGUACGGCGAGGACGGUCUGGACGUAACCAAAGCGCCGUUCCUGAAGAGCCCCAAGAUAUUGGACGUGGUGGUUGACAACUGCGUCAGGCAGUUGCACGAUUCGCAGCUACAGGCUGCUCAGGACAAGCUUAAUAACGCUAAUAUAUCCAAACAUAGGAAAAAGGUACGGAAGUAUCUAAAGAAGCAACGUAAGCUAGGCACCAGACGCCGCUGUAGCGCCUUCACCAUCUUCUGCGAGGACCAGGAAAACUGCACUGGACAACACGACGCGAAGGCUUCCACCAUCAAUAGUGACACGGGGCGGUCUAGACGAGCCCAAACUUUGUUAAAUAAAUGGAACGAAUUGGAUCAAGAUUCAAAAUUAGAAUACGAGAACCGGUACCGUGCCGUGGUGCCGGUACGACCAGAUCCCGUUCUGUCGAGGUACUGCGGGCACAGCAACGUUGGCGUCAUGUCGGAGGUGCUGGAUGACUUCGUCGAGUCUUACUACAACCAGCAGUACGCCAAGAGGGAUGCUCAUCAUAAGAAAUACGACAGACAAACGAUCGAGACGACGGUGGCCAUCAAAGCUCGCAGCGCUCACGUCGACCCUGGCGAGGCAGUGGGCGCCAUCUGCGCGCAG